UCAGAUCGACAGUGUCCUCGUUGCGUUGUGGUUUGUGCGCCGAAGAAGACAAUCACCCGCAACAGAAAAGUAUUUUGCAAAUGCAAACAGUUUUCAAAUGUUGCGUGAAACCGCGUAACUAGUGACGUCUUCACCGCGGCACUUGAGUCAAUAUUAAUGUCCUGUUAUUAACGGCAACCCUAUCCACCGCAUCACUCGGGAGUCAUACAUAUUUAUAGGAGCCGGAUUUAGAUUGGCAGUUCAUUACAACAUGAACGUUUUAUUCAUGCACACCGCCUCGUCCCGUCUGUUCUCCUCUGUUUGGGUGAUUGCCCUGCUGUCAGGUUGUCUGGGCGAGCUGAGACCCGCUUUGCAUAUCAACCAGACUGUUCUGAGCAUCAGCGACAAUAAUUCGUCAGCGCAGUUACGUCAAUACACAUGUGGUACAACUACGACUGUGUACGUCUCCAAAGGAUAUCAGGGACGUUUUGCAUCUCCGAAUUAUCCCAAUUUGUACAGCGGAGGGGCUGAUUGUUUAUGGACAUUGACUACAUCGACUGACGCUCAAUUCACGCUCAUUUGCGACCCGCUAUCCAUUUCCUGUACCGGAGACUAUCUCCUGUUUUCGCCCAGUGGAGACACGGCAUUCAGAGAUGCUGCCAACCCCAUAUGCGGGAGUGGGAGGUUACAAGUGACGUCAAAGGCAAAUUCUAUCGCGAUCGCAUUUCAUUCGUCCUAUUACACGAAUGGCGGUGGUUUCUCUUGUGUCGCCCAGGCUCAAGCUCCGCCCACUACUUCUACCCUUGCGCCUACUCCGAAUUGUCAAUGCGGAAUCAAGGGACAGAACCGCGUAGUUGGGGGUCAAAGUGCUGGAGUAACCGAAUGGCCCUGGCAGACUUUAUUGGCUGAUAUCAGUCCGUCUGGCGGAGGCAACCAAUAUUGCGGGGCGACUUUGAUCUCGCCAAAUUGGGUUCUCACGGCCGCUCACUGCACUCACAAUCGAAUUGCAGCCAAUAUUGGAGUCGUUGUGGGACAAUACGACACGAAAAGCUUGUCGUCAACCUCACAGGUCCGCAGAGUGAGUCAAAUUGUUCAACAUCCGAAUUUUAAUCGAACGACCGUCAACCAUGAUAUCGCUCUGCUUAAACUUGAUUCGCCUGUUAGUCUCACUGCAGCCGUUCGACCCGUCUGCCUACCGACUCGUUUUGUUAAUUACAAUUUCGACAAACAAAUCGGAACUGUUACCGGGUGGGGAACAACGAGCUUUGGUGGAACAGCUUCGCCGAAUUUAUUAGAAGUUGCGCUGCCAAUUAUUUCGACUGAAAACUGUCGGCUCAAUUCGAUUGUUGGAUCCAAGAUUACUGAGAACAUGUUCUGCACUUAUGCCGAGAAUAAAGAUGCUUGUCAAGGAGAUUCCGGAGGUCCGUUGAAUUGGAUUGAUCCUCAAACAGGUCUAGGGUACAUCGUUGGAAUCACCAGCUUUGGGAUCGGUUGUGCAAAACUCAAUACACCUGGCGUCUAUACGAAAGUUACUAAUUACCUAUCAUGGAUUCAACAAAACACAGGGACUAUUUGUUCGGUGUAAUAAGACCAUAGCGCAUGAUAGCGCAUGCACGGAGCAUAGGAAAGCACUAAAACUAUUAUUAUUCCUACCUUAUUUGCUUGCAAAAUGUUGAAUUUUAUCCGUGACUAUAAUAAACGCAUUAUUUCUUUCGA